AUGUCGCGGAAGAGGCCUGCACCAGGCGCGUCGCCUGUGAGAUAUCCUGCCCAGCUUCACCAGGUACCCAACAGUUAUCAGAGCGCAGGUCAACCGUUGACCGAUGACCAAUUCUUGAAUUGGGGAGCGAAUGGACAGGAUCCGAGCUCAUACCUGAACCAGUCCGCAUUCAACCUGCCCACGAAUCAAUACCCACCACAAGCUGCACCACCACCACCUAAUCAAUCGAACCAACUCGCGCGUCGACCCAUGUCUCAGAUGGUUGCCCAUCAACCGCAGCAGAACAACCAGUAUGCUACCGAGCAACAAAGCCAACCGACGCAGCGACAGCAGCAACAGCAAGAGGCGGCUAUAUCAUGGAGUGACGAUAUCAACGAACUGCUUGCGAAAGCACAAGUCGCAAAGAAGAAUUCACAGUCUAAUAGAAAGCAGAUACCUCCCUUUGUGAUGAAGCUGCACAGUUUUUUGGAAAAUCCCAGGAAUACCGAUCUUAUUCGAUGGGCCGACGACGGCAAGUCUUUCGUCGUACUCAAUGAAGACGAGUUUGCGAACAAGCUCAUCCCGGAGCUGUUCAAGCACAACAAUUAUGCCUCCUUCGUACGACAGCUCAAUAUGUAUGGCUUCCACAAGAAAGUGGGUUUAUCAGACAACUCGAUGCGUGCGAGCGAGAGAAAGGCAAAGAGUCCAUCGGAAUAUUGGAACCCCUUCUUCCGGAAAGGUUACCCUGACCUUUUAUGGUUAAUACAAAAACCAAAGAACCAGUCUGCCAACUCCAAGAAGUCUCGUGGCAAGUCCGAAGAGCAUGAGGAGGAUGACGAGUAUGUGGAGGAGGCGAAUGGUUCAACACAGUUUCCUGCCCGACCAUUAUUGACAGAGGGAGGUCAACCAUCAGGGAAUGCUCUCACUCAAGAACAGUUCAGCACCGUGCAGAGAGAGUUGUUAAUGAUACGCAGGCAACAAGGUCAAAUUGCACAUAUGCUAAGCGCUCUGAAGCGUGAACACGAUGCACUCGUUGACCAGGCCAGUGACUAUCAGAAUAAACAUUCGCGGCAUGAAAGCUCCAUCAACGCUAUUCUCACAUUUCUGGCCACCCUGUACAACAGGAGUCUGUCAGGCCAUGAAGGUGCUCAAGACAUUGCAAAGAUAUUUCAGAAUGCCGUCAACCAAGACAGCAAGAGUGGCGUGCUGGACGUCAAUGAUUUCGUCUUCAACCUGCCGGAAGGUACUUCUAUCGAUCAAGCCCAACAACCCUACAAGAAGCAGCGUCUACUGCUCACUGAUGGAUCCGAGGGUCGUGCCCAGACAAUGUCACCCGCUGCAUCUGCUGCAAGCCCCAUGUCGAGACCAUCCAGAAAGUCGUCCCACAUGACAUCGCCAAAAUCUGCCCACGUUGAGGAGAUUUUUGAUCCAGAGAUUGACCAGUCCACUCGAAACUAUAGUUCCUCUACUGGCCAACAGCAGCAGGACAUGAUGUCUUUGAUACACAACACGAACGCACGUAAUUCUGGUGCCAGCACUCCUACUCCAGAUUUCUCCCAUGUUCUCAAUGACCUUGAGAAAAAUGGCGGCACAACUCCCAUUGACGCUGCACAACGUGACAAUAUGCUUCGAAUGUUCAACAAGCAGUCAAGAAGACCACAGAGUAGUGGGAGCGAUAUGAGGGCACUAAGCAGUCCUGCUCGCUCCAAUACACAAACACAAUUCGACAAGAAGAUUGCUUCUACCAAAUAUGACCUUGACCAUCUCGAACAAUUGCAGGCAGCUCAAGAAAAAUCCGUCGAAAAUCUCACCAAUCUUCUACAACCUCUUUCGCCUACUGGGAGCAUACCUGGUUUAGGAGAUGGUCAAGAUAUUCCACCCGCCCCACUCGAUAUUGAUUCCUUCUUGAGCAACCAUGACUACUUCUCCGACUAUAACAACGACGUGAACGGCAACCUCGACUUUUCUAAUCUGAACAACGCUGCAUACAACGGCAAUGGCACCACCGCUACAUAUGAUUUCACAGACGACGAUCCGCUCUUUGCGAGCGUGGACGACACAAACGGUAUAGAUAACAAUUUUCUCGAUGUCAAUCAGUAUAACGGCACAGGGAGUGAAGGGAGGAUAGAGUCACUCGCUAGCAGCGAGGCUCCUACGCCCAAAAACAACGGUAGUGAAGCCGGUGACUAUGAUGGCCACGUCUCGAAGAGAAGGAGGAAGUCCUAG